AUGAGUUGCUUGGGACAGAUUUUGUUUACGACUCAGAAGCUUGCCGAGCAAAUUGCCAAGUUCUCUAGUGGGGUUGCUGUUAUAAAGGUGGGGGCUGCAACUGAAAACGAACUGGAGGAUCAUAAGCUUCGUAUUGAAGAUGCAAAGAAUGCAACUUUUGCUGCGACAGAGGAAGGGAUUGUCCCCAGUGGAGGUGCUGCUUUAUUUCACCUUUCAACUUAUGUUCCUGCCAUUAAAGACAAGCUUGAAGAUGCAGAUAAGCGGCACGACGCUGAUAUUGUGCAGAAGGUAUUAGUCAUUUCUUUGCCUGAGUGCAUGAUCUUAUCCUUCACCUUCCCACCCGCAACACCACCCCUAGGCUGUGGAGAAUGGGAACGAGAGCUUAGUGUACAUUGCUUCUUCUUUGUGAAUAUAUUCACGAAGGGUAAAUUGCUUUUUUGGGUGGACCUUACUGACUUGCAUUUCUGCUUGUAG